UGUUUAAGGCUGUGUAUUGGCUCACCGUACUCCGACACUCUUCGAGCGAUGCAGACUGAAACUCAAACCCGAGGUUGAAUUCCGACGAUGGCCAUGGAAUUCUCCGUUUGACGGUGAAAAUGAUUGGAUGUUUGGGAGAGUUAUGCUGAUUGCGAAAAAAUUCCCUCUUUACUCCUCUAGAACAUCUCUACGUCCUUACACUAUCAGACACUGUUUUUGGUCUUCGUGUUCUUCUUCGCUUUCUUCCGGAGACAUUGGAGAUAAUGAGGGAGAGAAUUUCGAAAAUGUUAUGCAGAUUCUGUCUCUUUUUCACAAGAAUGAGACCAACGACAGAAUUAUCCAGCAGAUUCACUCUCGUUUGGUCACUGCUGGGUUUCUACUCCGGCAAGAAAACGAUGGAAGGCUUCUCUUUUUCAAUUCACUUCUUCGGUGUUAUUCUCUUGGGAAAUCUUCUCUUCAGGCUUACUCACUCUACAGGCAACUCCAACAGCUCCAUUUUCUUUCCGUCAUCCACGGAAAGCUACCUCCUUUUGAUAGUUUCACAUUCUCUUUUCUCUUGAAAGCGAGUGCGAAUUCGCGGAUAUUUGAACUGGGUAUUGGGAUUCAAGGUGCGACGAUGAAGCUGGGUUUCGGAUCUCACGUCUACGUGCAAACAGCUUUGGUUGAUUUUUACGUUGCUGCUGGAAACACAGUUGAUGCGUGGAAAGUGUUCGACGGAAUGCCUGAGAGGAAUCCGGUCACUUGGAACGCGAUGAUAGGUGGUUUGAUCAAUUGGGGCGAACUUGAAAGAGCGGUUUGGCUGUUCGAGACAAUGCCGCUUAGGACGGUCAUCUCUUGGACCAUUGUGAUUGAUGGGUAUGUGCGAAUGAAUGUGCCCGAGAAAGCUAUACAUUUGUUUUCAAGAAUGGUCGCUUACGACAGGAUAAAACCCAAUGAGAUAUCCAUCCUUGCCAUAUUACCGGCUGUUUCGAACUUGGGAGACAUAAGGGCGUGUAGAUUGAUUCAUGGCUAUGUUGAGAAGAGAGGGUUUGUUCUGUCUGCCAUCCGUGUGGCAAACUCUCUCAUCGAUACAUAUGCAAAAUGCGGGUGCAUACAAAGUUCGUUCAAGUUUUUCAGUGAGAUACCAGAGGGAAGAAAGGAUAUGGUAUCAUGGACAUCGAUCAUAUCUGCUUUUGCAAUGCACGGGAUGGGUAAAGAAGCGAUCUUUACGUUCAAAGAAAUGGAAAGAUUUGGUUUGAAACCCAACGGGAUAACACUGCUGAGUGUCUUGACCGCUUGUAGCCAUGGAGGGUUAGCAGAAGACGGGUUAGAUGUUUUCAACAAGACAAUCAACAAGUACCAGAUCAAGCCGGAUGUGAAGCACUAUGGAUGUCUAGUAGACAUGUUAGGAAGAAGUGGGAGGUUAGAGGAAGCUGAAAAGAUCGCUCUGGAGAUUCCGACCAAAGAUAAAGACGAUAUCAUAAUCUGGAGAAUACUUCUGGGAGCUUGUAGCUUUCAUGGAGAUGCUGUGAUGGGAGAGAGGGUCACCCGGAAGAUAAUGGAGUUGGAGAGAGGGUAUGGAGGAGACUAUGUGCUUAUGUCCAACAUACUUUCCAGCGUCGGAAGAUUUGCAGAUGCCCAGAAGUUUCGGCGGCUGAUGGAUCGUAGGAAGGCGAUCAAAGAUCCGGGUCAUUCACAGCAGGCAAUAGCCGAAUAGAUCCCGAGAUUCGAUGACAUCAUCGCCGAAAUGAGGAAUUGGCAGAUGCUUCAAUCUAGAGUUGGUAUUUAGUAACAGUGGUGUGUAGAAGUUUUAGAAAGGAACCAAGAGAAGCUUGGGAAGCUUUCACCUCUCCGGGCGGGAAGAGGAGGCUUUGUGAUUUUAUUUUUACCUUAACGGUUAAUUUUGAAUAAUCAUUUAAUAAUCCAUAUCGACUGCAUUCCCCAUUUUACCCUUUCUCGUCAACCAUACCAACCCUGAAGAAUAAUUCUCAAUUAGACUUUGAAACCAUCAAACCGAAAACUUCCACGUGAUUCAGAGGCUUACUCUGAUUUUGACAAAUCCCCGACAUGUAUGUAUGUGUUGUGUUGGUGUAUGUAGAGAUCACAGAGAUAAUAUAGUAAAAAUGUAACAUGUAUUUUACAUAUUUGGUUCAAA